UUUUUAUCCAGAUCCCUUCCCUCUUGUUUCGCCUUGUAAAAUGCAUGCUUCUUGAGUUUGUGAUCAGGUUCAAUUACACAUUCUCUUUCUCACUAAGAGCCGGGGUUACAUUUUAUUUUUUCUUGAAUAAGUAUUCGUUCCAUUGAUCCAAGAAAGAACGAGGGGGCAUGCCAAGGUCAAUGCCAGACUGAUAGACCAUGUAGUCUCAACCAAGCCAACUUCACCAUAUUUUCAACCACCCAUUAAGGAGAUAAAUAUUUUGUGAUGCUAUUUAUAACUCCAAUUUUUUAUUUUUUUUUUAAGAAAUACUUGUUGUUUACUUUUAUUAUAUUUUUGAACGAUUAGGUCAAUAGCCUUAUUUUUCAUUAGUAUUGUUGCACUUUGAAAUAAAUGAAAAAUUUGUUAGUAUUGUCUAAUCUCCGUUUUCCAUUUCUCCAGGAAUCAAAAUUCAAACUUUUUUGGUAAAGCUCGUUGGGUUGUGUAAACAUAGUUCAGAGGAUAGAUCAUCAACAAGCUUUAGGUAUGACUACUCCUAGCCAAAGUGACCAAACGCCAGGGAACGAUGCAAGCAAUGACCAUAAGAAGCUUGUUAAUAUCGUACUUGUAUCAUUGCGCGCGAUCGCCCUAGCACUGGAUCCCUUGUUCUUUUUUGUUCCUGUGAUCCAUGAAGACAAGAAGUGCAUUAGUGAAGACAAAACAAUGUGGAUCAAUGCUAUUUUUUGGCGAUCAGUCCUAGAUUUCAUUUACCUAGUGCAUUUUGUAAUGCACUUUCCAAAUACUUGCAACCAAAAAGGAAGAGAUGAAGGUGUCUCCAAUAAUGCAGUAAUUGUACAGGGCACUAAUGCACCGAACACAGACUCUGGCCCUAAAGAUGAGACAAGUGCAAAACGUCAAAGGCACCCGCUGAUGUGUUUCAUGUUUGACAUUAUAGUUAUUCUUCCCAUUCCACAGGUGUUAAUGACAAAUGCACUCUCAGAAAUGAGACGCGCGAAAUAUACAGAUAAUGUAACAAUCCUUAACAUUGUUCUUCUUAUCCAAUAUGUGCCAAGAGUUCUUCAAAUCUACCUAUCCUUGAAGGAACUGGAGGAAUUUAAAAAUAUUCCCAUACUGAUCAGAGCUUCAUUCAAUUUCUUUCUAUUCCUCCUUGGUGGUCAUGUAGCAGGAGCCUUUUGGUAUUUUUUCUCAACUCAACGACUGAUAUCUUGUUGGCGUAAAGCGUGUUUACAUCAAGGUGGAUGCAUCCAAGGUUCUUUUAACUGUGACCACCGUUUUGGAAAUCUCUCUGCUUUACAUGAUUUCUGCUCAAUUGAUUCAAAAAAUACAAGUACCUUUGAUUUUGGAAUAUUUCUCGAAGCCCGUCAGUCCGGGAUCUUAGAGUCCACAGAUUUUCCAAAAAAAUUAAUUUACUCUGCCUGGUGGGGCGUGCGAAAUUUAAGUUCUUAUGGUUCAAACCUCCAAACAAGUACGUACAUAUGGGAAAACAUCUUUGCACUUGGAAUUUCUAUCUUUGGCCUGUUAUUAUUUCUUUAUCUCUUGGGAAACUUGCAGCGUCGUGCUUCAAAAUAUGUAGAAAAAUCUGAGGAAGGCAAGAAUUCGCCAUUGAAUAAAGAUGUUGUUGACAAAAUACUAGAAGAGUUGGGACAGCUUUACAAGGAGCGACUUGCUACAAAAUCAAGUGAAUCACCCAAAAAAAGAUGGUGCUGUUGUUGUUGAACCCAAGACAGCUUCUAUUUUACAACGAGUCUGCUGCUGCAAUCACCCAAAGUGUGUUGGUGCGUAGUGUUGAUGGCUUUGCCGUUGUGAGAUUUGUUUUUCUAGUGAUGGAGUUUCUACUUGUUUGGAUUCUGAAUAAAAAUGGUAUGAUUAGGAAAAAGGACAACAUGUGAAAUAAUAAUCUGUUUGAUGCACCGUAUUAAAUUCAAUAAAGUUUAAUGCGUGUAGAACCUUAUAUUUACAUCGAUCUUUUGUAAUCUGUGUGAUGUGGUAUAGGAUUUGGUUA